AUGGCCGAACGUCGAUCAAUGGCGCUGCAGUCUUCCGAUGACGCCGAAGCAUAUCGGCGGCUCAAUAGACGGAUCUGGAAGUCCUUGCGACACGAUGUCCGUGCUCACAAUACUGUGAGCAUUAAAGAGACAAUUGAGCGGAACGGAGGCUCCAAAGUGUUUGCAAGAGACUUGUCUAUUGGGCAAAGCCAGUUGUCUAGGCUGAAGACGGACGGCGGCCGCAUGGUAUCGACGAGGGCAGAGGUAUUAAGGGAGAUCGAGAGGUUCUACGGACAGCUUUACACCUCGGUUGCCAAACCGACUGCUAGCUCGGCUGAAGACCCGAGAGCCGAGUUGAUCCGAUACUUUAGCGAUGAUAUCCCGGACAUCAGCCUGUGUGAGAUUGAGAUGGCCCUGAAGCAACUUAAGAACAACAAGGCGCCGGGUGAGGACGGAAUCACUUCAGAGCUUCUGAAAGCGGGCGGAACGCCAAUACUGAAAAGUCCUUCAGACGCUCUUCAAUUCCGUUCUCCUCGAGGGUUCAACGCCAGAGGCAUGGAGCAGGAGCGUGGUGCGUUUGUGGACUAUGAGAAAGCCUUUGAUUCGAUCGAGACCUGGGCUGUGCUACAGUCUCUCCAGCAGUGCCACAUUGACUAUCGGUACAUCGAAGUGUUGAGAUGUAUAUACAAUAACGCCACCAUGUCGGUCCGAGUACAAGAUCAGAGCACGAAGGCUAUUCCACUACAGAGAGGCGUGAGACAGGGAGAUGUUAUAUCUCCGAAACUGUUCACUGCCGCGCUAGAAAACGCCUUCAAACUCUUUCAGUGGAAAGGAUUCGGCAUCAACAUCAACGGCGAGUAUAUCACUCACCUUCGAUUUGCCGACGAUAUUGUAGUCUUGGCAGAAUCGCUGGAAGACCUUAGCACUAUGCUUGAAGACCUUAAUCAAGUCUCCCAACAGUUGCUGGACACUCUAAAGAAGGCUCCUAUCAUUAACAGCGACUAG